GCACAAAAAUGAUUAUAGUUAAAAUAAAAUAACUAAAUUUUGAAUAAAAUAUAUUUGCCCGGCGGCCAUUUUCACUCUAUGUCCAUGUUUUAUCAAACGGCCUUGUUUCUAAAAUGACAACAACAAGAGCCAUUUGUUAGUCCAUACUCAUCUAUUUAACUAAGAAUCUGACCAAGCAUAUAUAAAUCUUUUUCAAGUAUAUAUUUUAGUGCAUUAGUGACAUAUGUAGCUUAAUAAAUCUCUAGUAGAGGGGGAAAAAAAUAAAAAAUAGGGUAUAUAUCUUUCAUUUCAUUCUCUCCAAAGAGAGCAUCAAGUGAAGGUAGCAAUAAUGGGGAACAAUAGCAUGUUUCGUUAUGCAGAUGGUGUGGACAAGUUGUUAAUGUUGUUUGGGACCAUCGGAAGCAUUGGUGAUGGAUUGCAGAACCCUCUUAUGAUGUAUAUUCUUAGUGAUGUUAUCAAUGCUUAUGGAGACAAGAAUACCAAAUUGGGUAUGCAUGAUGUGAACAAGUAUGCAUUGAGGCUUUUAUUAGUUGCAAUUGGUGUUGGACUUUCAGCUUUUGUAGAAGGAAUGUGUUGGGCAAGAACUGCAGAGAGACAGGCUUCAAGAAUGAGAAUGGAAUAUUUGAAAUCAGUGCUGAGACAAGAAAUUGGAUUCUUUGAUAGCCAGACAGCUGGUACUUCAACAACUUACCAAGUUGUCUCACUCAUCUCCUCAGAUGCCAAUACCAUCCAAGUUGCCUUGUGUGAGAAGAUACCAGACUGCUUGACAUACAUGUCAACAUUCUUUUUCUGCCACAUCUUUGCAUUUGUGCUUUCAUGGAGACUCACACUUGCAGCCAUACCACUCUCCCUCAUGUUCAUAGUCCCAGCUCUCAUGUUUGGGAAGAUGAUGUUGGAUGUGACAAUGAAAAUGAUUGAGUCUUAUGGUGUUGCUGGUGGGAUUGCAGAGCAAGCAAUAUCUUCAAUAAGAACUGUUUAUUCCUAUGUUGGGGAAAACCAAACUCUGAACAAAUUCAGCAGUGCCCUUCAGAAAACCAUGGAGUUAGGAAUAAAGCAAGGUUUUGCAAAAGGGUUGAUGUUAGGGAGCAUGGGAGUUAUUUAUAUAAGUUGGGGUUUUCAGGCUUGGGUUGGAACCAUUCUUAUCACUGAAAAAGGAGAAAAGGGUGGUCAUGUUUUUGUGGCUGGCUUCAAUGUACUCAUGGGAGGGCUGAGCAUUUUAAGUGCACUUCCAAAUUUAACUGCCAUAACAGAAGCAACUACUGCCGUCACUCGCCUUUUCGAAAUGAUUGAUAGGGUACCAUCCAUAGAUUCUGAAGACAAAAAGGGGAAGGCCUUGUCAUAUGUUAGAGGAGAAAUUGAAUUCAGGAACAUAUACUUCAAUUAUCCAUCAAGACCAGACACACCAAUCUUACAAGGACUCAAUCUCACUUUUCCAGCAGGCAAGAGAGUAGGCCUUGUUGGUGGUAGUGGUUCUGGAAAAUCAACAAUCAUUGCACUUCUUGAGAGGUUCUAUGACCCUAUUGAGGGAGAAAUACUAUUGGAUGGUCACAAGAUUAGUAGACUUCAGUUGAAAUGGUUUAGAUCCCAAUUUGGCCUAGUGAAUCAAGAGCCUGUUCUUUUUGCUACAUCAAUUAAAGAGAAUAUAUUGUUUGGAAAAGAAGGGGCUUCAAUGGAAAAUGUGAUAAGUGCAGCUAAGUCAGCAAAUGCACAUGAUUUCAUUGUUCAGUUGCCAGAUGGUUAUGAAACUCAAGUUGGACAGUUUGGAUUUCAAUUAUCCGGCGGACAGAAGCAGCGAAUCGCCAUAGCAAGAGCAUUACUUAGAGAUCCAAAGAUUCUCCUGCUUGAUGAAGCAACCAGUGCUCUGGAUGCACAAUCCGAAAGGGUAGUACAGGCUGCAAUAGAUCAAGUUUCAAAAGGAAGGACAACAAUCAUCAUCGCACACCGUUUAUCGACGAUACAAACGGCCGACCUCAUUGCUGUCCUUCAAGAAGGCAGAGUGAUUGAAUUAGGCACCCAUAAUGAGCUGAUGGACUUGAAUGACGGACAAGGCGGAGCCUACGCCCGAAUGGUAGAGUUGCAGCAAGUAACAGCUCAGAAUGAUGAACCAAGGCCUAGUUCCAAUGCUCCCAAGGAGCGAAGGAGCACACAAAGGAUCAGCACUCCUCAAAGCCCUUCAGUGAGUUUCACAUCAAGCACACAUGGCACUCCAAUGUUCACUCCCUUCAGUCAGGGACUUUCCAUGGGAACUCCUUACUCCUACACAGUUCAAUAUGAUCUGGAUGAUGAUAGUUUCGAAGAUAACCCGAAACGAUUGCAUCAUCCGGCUCCGUCACAGUGGCAAUUGCUAAAGUUAAGUGCUCCUGAGUGGGGUAGAGCAUUGCUUGGACUCUUGGGAGCGUUGGGCUCUGGAGCAGUUCAACCAAUAAAUGCAUACUGUGUUGGAUUGCUAAUAUCUAUCUACUUUGACACUGAUAACAUGAAGUCCAAGACUCGACGCCUGGCCCUGGUUUUCUUAGGAAUCGGUGUCUUUAACUUCUUCACAAGCAUCCUCCAACACUACAAUUUCGCAGUCAUGGGCGAAAGGUUGACUCGAAGAAUCCGCGAGAAGCUUCUAGAAAAACUGAUGACAUUUGAGAUAGGAUGGUAUGACCAGGAAGAGAACACCAGCGCGGCGAUCUGCGCAAGACUAUCUUCCGAAGCCAACUUGGUUCGAUCACUGGUAGGCGAUCGGAUGUCAUUGUUAUCACAGGCAUUAUUUGGUUCUCUGUUUGCGUAUGCUCUAGGACUCGUGCUGACGUGGAAGCUGUCCCUUGUGAUGAUUGCAGUGCAGCCAAUUGUCAUCGGAAGCUUCUAUGCAAGGAGUGUUUUAAUGAAAAGCAUGGCUGAAAAGGUGCGAAAGUCACAACGAGAAGGAAGCCAGCUGGCAAGUGAGGCAGUUAUAAACCACAGAACAAUAACCGCCUUCAGUUCUCAGAAGAGAAUGAUGUCACUCUUCCAAUCCACUAUGUUAGGCCCUAAGCAAGAGAGCAUUAGGCAUUCUUGGAUUUCGGGUUUCGGCCUUUUCAGCUCCCAAUUCUUCAACACUGCUUCCACAGCUUUAGCAUACUGGUAUGGUGGGAGGCUCCUUGUGAAUGGUGACAUUACUCCCAAGCAUCUGUUCCAAGCCUUCUUGAUAUUGCUCUUCACUGCUUACAUCAUUGCAGAGGCUGGAAGCAUGACAAAUGACAUAUCUAAAGGAAACAGUGCAGUCGGAUCGGUUUUCGCCAUCUUGGACCGGAAAAGCGAGAUUGAUCCUGAGACAUCAUGGGGGUCAGAUAAAAGAAGGAAGAUUAGGGGUAAAGUUGAGCUUAAGAGUGUGUUCUUUGCAUAUCCAACUAGGCCUGAUCAAAUGAUAUUUAAGGGUUUGUGUCUCACAGUUGAAGCUGGGAGAACAGUGGCACUAGUAGGGCAUAGUGGGAGUGGCAAAUCCACCAUUAUUGGUCUUGUUGAGAGAUUUUAUGAUCCUUUGAAGGGAAGUGUGUGUAUAGAUGAACAAGAUAUUGUGUCAUAUAAUUUGAGAAUGCUGAGGUCACAUAUUGCAUUGGUGAGUCAAGAGCCAACACUUUUUGCUGGAACCAUUAGAGAAAAUAUUGCUUAUGGAAAAGAAGAGGCUACUGAAUCUGAGAUAAGAAGGGCUGCAGCUAUGGCUAAUGCUCAUGAAUUCAUAAGUGGAAUGAAAGAUGGGUAUGAGACAUAUUGUGGAGAAAGAGGGGUUCAACUCUCAGGAGGGCAGAAACAAAGAGUAGCAUUAGCAAGGGCCAUACUAAAGAAUCCAGCAAUAUUGCUUCUUGAUGAGGCUACAAGUGCAUUGGACAGUGUGUCAGAGAAUUUGGUCCAAGAAGCACUUGAGAAGAUGAUGGUUGGACGAACAUGCAUUGUUGUGGCACAUAGGCUAUCUACAAUACAAAGAUCCAACUCCAUUGCUGUCAUUAAGGGUGGCAAGGUUGUGGAACAAGGUUCACAUAAUGAGUUAAUUUCCCUUCAUGGGGCAUACUAUUCUCUUAUUAAACAUCAAAAUGCUAACUCCUCUCGAUAAAAUUUGCUCACGAUAUUGUAAUGUAUAAAUUGGUUUUGUUUCUUAAUAAACUGCUUUUAUCGUUUG